AGUUUUCUAAUUUCUUUCUCAAUUUUAAUUUUUUUUCUCAUUCUUAUAUUUAUAUGGCUUUUGCUCACGAUGGUUUUGUAUUCAAACCCUCUUCACUGUUUUACGAGGAGCUUUAUAACUGGUGCUGCAUGCCUGUGCAAGAAAACCAAGUUAUCGUAAAUCUUUCUAGUGAUUUUGACCGUAAGCCACUGGAGGACGAGUUGGAAAGUCAAAUUGAAAAACUUUGGGAGAAAAGAGUUAAGGAUUUACCUUUAUUGUACAAUGCAUCAAAGUUUAGGCUCCAAAGCGUGGAACUCACUAAAAACAGGCUUAUAUUGAACGUAGGAAUGACCUGCUAUCGAGAUUUUAUUUGCACAAAUAUGCGGAAUGAUAUUAUGAGAGAACGCAUACGACAACACAGUUUGGACAAAUAUGGUGACCCUCAUUCUUGCUUUGCUGAUCCGGUUGGGGUCGAUGGACUUGUCAUAUCAAGCGACGAUAAAGUUAUUCUUUUGAGGAGAAGCCAGCAGGUUUAUGAGGCACCUGGAAUGUUCCAUAUCCCAGGUGGACACCCAGAACCAAGCGAGGUUAAAGGCAAUAAUGAAGGAAAGUUAAAGCUAGAAGACAUGGAUCCAAAAGAUGUUGUCCAUGAAAUGUUCUACUCAAUAGUCAAAGAGGUUAGAGAUGAGGUCAAUGUACCCAUCGGAUCAUUAAGUUGGCCUGUUCUGAUUGGAAUCCAAAGGAACCAAGAAUCUAGUGGAAGACCAGAGGCAUGCUUUCUUAUAAGGUGUUCUUUAUCCAGUGAAGAAAUCAAGAAAUGUUACGCCAAAGGUGGACCAGAAGCCUAUGAAUCUACAGAAAUUCUCACCAUUGGCAUGUCUGAAUUCAGAGAAUGGAAUCCGACCAAUCAGAUGACAAAAUUGUUAGAGGAAAUCACUCCAAGUACAAAAGCAACACUUCAUUUUUACCUCCAGAAAAAUAACUGCAGCCAUGAAACAAAACAUCAAGCUACAAAUAGUACAGGAGGGUUUGAGGAGAGCAUUAAUUGUGUAGCCACACUUAAUAUCAAAGGGGGAUUGGGAUUUUCAAGGGGUGGGGAGUGCCAGGGUAUCAGGCCUUAAAAUAAUGGCCAAUCAGUUGCCAGUCAUGAUCAUCACAGGCCAAAUUACUUUUAGUCAUACCUUAUAUGUGACUAAACGUUACUGGUCAAAAUGACCUGCAAAACAAAGAUUUGACCAGACAAGUCCCAGUUCUGGCCCAACAUUGUAUAAUGUACAGCUGUCAUUUUAAUCCCUUGGCAUAAUGUGUAUUUCAGGAUAAUAUCCAAACCUCCCCCAUGGAGGGAGAUUGGAAUUGCCAAGGCCAUUUACAAGGGGAGAGUCUGAGGGCAGUUUAUUGUGUAUUUGCAGAUAAUCAUACCUUCUCCAUGGAGGGUGAUUUGAAUUUCCCUGGUAGGGAAGGGAGGAUGUGAGUGAGGAUGUAACUAGUGCUUUUGGGAAAGGAGACCAAAGUUUCAUAAUCUUUUAUAACAAUGGCAGGGAUAUCUUCUGAAGCUUAAAGGAGCUACACAAUUAUUGUUAUUGAUACUAAUUGUGUUCCCCUAUGCAAUAUUUUUGUCAGUUCUGACUGCAUUACCUAGCAUAAACAAUAUGCAUCUAUAAGAUAUGCAACAACUGUUCCCAGUAAAAUACCAAGGCAUGAUGCUCCCAGCACCACAAAUGUUGGGACAUGUUCUGGAGUUGUGUCAGUGAAGCCAACAUUGACAGCGAACUCAGCAGUUAGGUCACAGAAGCUAUAAUGUAGCACAAAACAGCAGUCAGUUCAGUAACUUAGUAAGUAAUAAGGACAGCACUACUACAGGGAAUGACAACAGACAAGAGGAUACUAAGGGGGGUAGGCUGAGGCAGAAGCCGAAUCAAUUUGAAGGAAAGAAUUAACACUAUACGAUGGAUGAAUUAUAUCCAAUGAUAAAUUUAUUGGAUAACAGCAUUAAUUUAUCCGCUGGAUAAGGAUUUAUCCAUUGGAUAGCGCUGUCCACCCUUCGUACAACUAAAGGUCCAGUUCCAAGUUCUCAGCUGCUCAGGGUAGCCUUGAUUUUGGGUAGAAUAUUCACAUUCCAGUCAAAGUCUGUGGAAUUUCAAAAUGUUUGUAGUAGUGCAAUCUUUACUUUAUCAUUGGUAUUUGUGAAUAUUUAGACACUGAUACGAGGCCAGCCCCAAGUAAAUGAGUUCAAUAUUGAGGAACGCAGUGGUAAUUUGGAACUCAAAUAUGGCCUAUUGAUAUCGAUAGCCCAGAUAACUAGACUUGCAUCCUUGUAGUAGAAUGCAAACAAUAUAACCGUGAAACUUUAGUAAUACUAAAUAGCACAAUUUCAUGCAAAUUCCAUUGUUUUCUAUUGUUUAAUUAGCACUAUUUUGUACAAUUUAGUAAUUAGUGUUUCACGGAUUAAUUGCUUGCAAUAACUAGUAUGUUCUAAGUCUAGGCAGUAUAUACCAACCUUGUGUGAGGGUCAAUAAUUCUCAGUUUAAAUACAUAUAAUCCUCCAUCGUUCCAUAUCACUGCAGAUCCUCCCGUACUGUUCGUUAUUUCAUAUGGCAUGUCCAUGUUAGAGUCAUCCUUAAAGUUGCUUCCAUUGAGAUUAAAACAACUGUGGUGGACCUAG